AUGUAUUUAAAAAAUGAAAUUGUAGUUCCUUCAAGGAACCGCUUAAACCCACGAGGGGAUGUCCGGCAUGAGGAUUCUACAGUUUCCUCUUCUGUCCAGAGCUGUGCUCUCAUUGAGGGCAGCACUGGUUGUCUGACCGGUCGCAUUGCAACCAUGACGCCUAAACAUUGCUUUCUAGGCUUCCUCAUCAGUUUCCUCCUGACUGGUGUAGUGGAAACCCAGUCAGCCCAUGAAUCCCUGAUGCCUCAGCGAGUACAUUUUCAGUCUCGAAAUUUCCACAACAUUUUGCACUGGCAGCCUGGGAGGGCUUGUACCAGCAACAGCAGUAUCUAUUUCGUACAGUAUAAAAUGUAUGGACAGAGACAAUGGAAAAAUAAAGAGGACUGUUGGGGUAUUCUCGAAUCCUUUUGUGACCUUACCAAUGAAACAUCAGAUAUACAGGAACCUUACUAUGGAAGGGUGAGGACCAUCUCGGCUGGGAUCCGCUCAGGCUGGACCAUGACGCAGCGCUUCACUCCCUGGUGGGAAACGAAAAUUGAUCCUCCAGUCAUGAAUAUAACUCAAGUUAAUGGAUCUUUGUUGGUGAUUCUUCAUGCUCCAGGUUUACCAUAUAGAGACCAAAAAGGAAAAAAUGUAUCAAUAGAAAAUUACUAUGAGCUAGUAUAUCGAGUCUUUAUAAUUAACAAUUCAAUAGGAAAGGAACAAAAGGUAUAUGAAGGAGCUCACAGAGUUGUUGAAAUUGGAGUUCUGGCACCUCACACUGCUUACUGUGUAGUGGCUGAAAUGUACCAGCCCAUGCUAGACAAAAGAAGUCAGAGAAGUGAAGAGAAAUGUGUGGAACUUCCUUGA